GGACAGAUACUUUAGAGAGAAAGAGAGAGACAGAGAGAGAGAGGGAGGGAGGGGGGGAGAGGUGAGGGCUUUCGGUGCCGAAAGUGGAGAGAGGGCGCUUCGGAUUCUUCCCGGCGCGGGGAUUCUAUAGGAAGCGAGCCUAGAGAGAGAGAGAGAGAGAGAGAGAGAGAGAGAAGCGUGGGAGUCGGGAGUGUGAUAGAUCUUGAGUUGCAGAGAGAGAGGGGAAGUGAGAGAAUGAGUAGCAGAAGCGGCAAUGGCGGCGGCGGGGAGCAAUCAAUACCAGCGGCGUCAAGCAAGAUGGUCCAGAGUUUGAAGGAGAUUGUUAACUGUCCUGAAUCUGAGAUCUACGCUAUGCUCAAAGAAUGUAAUAUGGACCCCAACGAGGCCGUUAACAGGCUUCUCUCUCAAGAUCCUUUCCACGAGGUGAAGAGCAAAAGAGAAAAGAAAAAAGAGAAUAAGGAUACAACAGAAUCCUGGCCUCGUGGCGUUAGUAACAGUUCGAAUCGUGUCGGUAGGGGCAGCAGUGACCGCUAUACUGGACGUGGUGGCUCUGCGCAGUUCAGCUCAUCUGAGUCUGGUGCUUUACAUGGUAAACUUGCAUACAAGAAGGAAAAUGGAACACACAAUUACAGUACCCCUUUGUCUGUAUCAUUUGGAAUGACAGGACAUAAUUUGAAUCAGCGACCUCCAGCCCAAAGUGAUCCUGCCGCUAGGGAAAAUAAAGCGACAACUAUAGGCACUGUUAAUGGUGCUUUAUCAUCCUCACAGCCUCCUGGAUAUCAUGCUGCCUGGUCUGGAGUUCCUGGUCAAGUAUCAAUGGCGGACAUUGUUAAGAUGGGUAGGUCACAUUACAAGGCCUCCAGUGGAGCAAACCCAUCCCAGUACGGGGUCAAUCAACACCAUGUUCAGACAUCUCGAUCCUCUGAGGAUAAUGUAUCUAAGGUGUUGGAGUUGAACCAUGAGCUAGUAGUUGGCACAGGCCUUCAUGUUUCUUCCAAUGAUGACUGGCCAUUAGUGGAGCAGCCACUAGCUGUUCGUGUGCCUCCUGUCUUAGAGCAACCUGUGGCUUCUGAUCUGCAUGUAGAUGCAUCUAACUUUUCCCCUGAUAUUACUAAACAGCAUCCACAAUCUCCAAAAGAUGAGUUUCGGGAACCGGAAGAUGAAGCUAUUGAAAGUAUUAAUACUUACUGUGCGGGUUCUGCUUCUGCUGCCACUCACAAGAUGCUGGAGGACAAUCCCAGCGGUGAUUUCCUUUUUAGUGGCAUGUAUGAAAACAUGGCUUCCUACCAGACACAUAGGAGUGGUUUUGAACACCAGGAAGCCGAAGAUGUUGGUGCCUUAGUAUCAAUGGUGAUGUCGAACUUGCACCAACUAAGUGUACAUGAGGUCAGGGGCGCACCGCCCGAAGAAGACAACCCUCCACCUCCCCCUCCACCUCCUGUAAUAAUUCCCAGUCACUUGCAAGUCCAGACUGCAGACUGCUCGCACUUGAGCUUUGGAAGUUUUGGAUCUGGUAUAGGUGGUUCUGCUUUUUCCAGGCCAUUUUCAUCUAGGCCCUUGCAAAGUAACAUGGAAGAGUCAUCUGCAGAUGCAGAUGCUUCAUCAGUUGGGCACCCAGAUACAAGAAAUCCUGAGUACCACAUUGACGAGUCUCUCAGAGCUGCCUCAGAUGGAAAUUUAGUUCAUAGGACUGGAGCAACUGCUGGGAGGUCUGAUUCACUUUCCUCUUCACCGCCCGAAGUGUUGAAACAAGAGAACACUGAGGCACCACAUGAAAAUCAAUACUCUUUCCAGUCCUCUACGUCUAGUUAUAACUUCGAAAAUGGCCAACAGUUGAGUUCUCAAAUGCGGAAUCUAGCUCCCUUCUCAAGUGUAAUGCAGGCAUAUACAAACACAUUACCAAGCUCUUUAUUGGCAGCGAGUGGUCAGCCUGUAAGAGAGUCUGAUCUUCAGUACUCACCCUUUCCCACAACACACACAAUGCCUACAAAGUACGGCAAUGCAGUGUCUUCCAUCAGCAGUUCGACCAUUUCCAUCCCAGAGGCUUUGAAGACCAGUGGUAUUUUUUCAACUCAACCAACUGCACAGACCCUGACCAGAAGUAACAUUGGCACUGGACCUGCUCUUCCCCAGCAUCUAGCUGUGCACCCAUAUUCUCAAUCUACAGUUCCUUUGGGGCCGUUUGCUAACAUGAUUGGCUACCCUUUCUUACCUCAGAGCUAUACAUAUAUGCCAUCUGCUUUUCAGCAAGCGUUUGCUGGUAAUAGUGCAUACCACCAAUCUCUGGCAGCAGUUCUCCCGCAAUAUAAGAAUGUAUCUGUUGGCAACUUGCCUCAAUCUGCUGCUAUUGCUUCUGGGUAUGGUGGCUUUGGUAGUUCAACCAGCAUUCCCGGAAACUUCUUGAUGAACACAUCCACUUCCUCCGGUCCCACAACUAUAAGCUAUGACGACCUAAUGGCCUCUCAGUACAAGGACAGCAAUCAUUUAAUCUCGCUUCAGCAGAAUGAAAACUCACCCAUGUGGGUCCAUGGAGCCGGCUCCAGAACAUUGUCGCCUGUUCCAUCCAGCACCUAUUACAGCUAUCAGGGACAGAGUCAACAGCAGCCUCCUUCUGGAUACCGCCACACUCAGCAGCCUUCCCAGAAUUACGCAGGUCUUGGGUACCCAAAUUUCUACCACUCUCAGACCGGGAUGUCGCUUGAACAUCAGCAGCAGCAAAACCCUAGGGAUGUCCACCUUGCCAGCUCUCAAGCCCAAGUCUCUAAGCAGUCCCAGCAGUUAUGGCAAAAUAGCUACUAAUCUUUUUAGUAUCCUCUUGGUUUUUCAGGGUCUUGUAAGUUUGAAAGCAGCCGGUGGAAUAGUUUGUACUUCUAAUGUUUAACAGCUGCUGCCCUGUGCCUUGUAGGUUGUACUUUUACGUGUUUAUUAACAUAGAAACGAUUGUGCUAAUUUGGGGAUUUCUGAACGUUUUUCUAAUAUUGUUAUUUUACUUAUUUUCGAUUAUAGGCUGAAUCUAUAUUCUGUCC